CCUGCUCCUAGUGGAUUGGAGCCGGGAGAGAGAAAACUCUGUUACUCACUCCGUCUCCAACUUUGAGAGGAAGUUACCACCUCUUCCCCAGACUCUGUACACACACACACACACACACACACACUCACUCACUCACACAGGCAGACACACACGCUCUUCAGGACUUGACCGCAGGCAGCAGCAACAGGGAAUCAACUGAAACAGCCAGGACUGCUUGUUGUGUUGUAUUUAUUGAAAACUUGGAGGGAAAGAAGAAGAAGUUCUGCAGUUUGCUUGAAGCUUUCUGUGUGGACUGAAGAGUUUCAGGGGGACGAUUCUGUUCAUCACACCGCCUGUGGACCAAAGAUCACAGCGACGGAGAGACAGACAGAGGAGCCCCGAUCAUUUUGCAUCCAAUCUCCAACAGCUGAUUACACCAUGAGCUGGGAUUGAGGACACACUUCUGAGUUUCAUUUUGUGAUAAAGAAAGAGGUGAAGAGCAAUCAUGGAUGUGAGGAAAAAAGAAAUGGACCUCCUGAGCAACAGCAUAGCUGCAUAUGCACACAUCAAAGCUAACCCAGAGAGCUUUGGCCUGUACUUUGUGCUUGGAGUGUGUUUUGGCCUGGUGCUCACGCUCUGCCUCCUGGUCAUCCGCAUCUCCUGCAAGCCGCGGACAAACAUCGCCCCUUCCACGCCUGAGAAAAAAAAGUUAAAGGACAUCAGUCAGGAGGACGAGGAGAGUGACGAUGAUGACGACGAUGACAUCAGGGACGAUGUCGAGGUUCCUUUAACCUUGCCCAGCACAGAAAUCCCGGUCGGUAAUCAUACCAGCCAAAUAGACGGGUCGCUGAGUGUGAACGUAUUUACCUCAGCUGAGGAGCUGGAGCGGGCACAGCGACUGGAGGAGAGGGAACGAAUCAUACGUGAGAUCUGGAGGAACGGCCAGCCUGAUAUACUAGGGACGGGGACAGGGACUAUUGGAAGAGUGCAUUACUACUAAGACAAACAAGGCAUCAUGGGAAAGAAUGUGAGCCCUGUGGAGGUCAAACAUAAACCCUAGCUCGGUUGGGCUCGAUACACCUGAAGCCUGAGAGACCCAUGAGCUUGUGUCAUGAAGCAGGACCAAAGUGAUAAGAGACAAAGACAUUCUUAUAUUUAGCUCUGAUUGAGCUAUAUGAUAUUGCACUUCCUAUGUAGCAAUGUUAUUUUUAAACUAACUAGCCUACAUGAAAUUAAACCAAAGGUGUCUUAAAAACUGAGUAACCCAAAUGGAAAAGAUGCAGAAUGAAUGUUGAAGCUGAAGGACACUCAGCCUUUUAAAAUGUGUGGUGCUUUAAGACAAUAAUGCACACAACGGAUCUGUUUGUUUAGUUUGCAAGUGACAAUGGAAGCAUUAUGUAAGGGUGAUGUAUGUAUUAUGUACUGUAUGUUGCAAUGAAGAUUAUCUGUCUGUUCUGAAGAAAAUUGUCCUUAGACUUUUUGUGAAAAAACAAACCCAAAAACCUUGAAUCUCCUCCCAAAAAAAAAACAUCCUCAGGAUUUCUGUAUAAGGAAAUUCCAUAGUUUAAGCAAGAACAUCAAUUUUAGGGGAUCAGUCUACAUGUAGCCUAGAGUAAAAUGUAAAGACAAUUAAAAUUUGAGUCUAUAAUUCACCAGUGGGCUACAUUAAAUCUUUCUUUGUCUGUGUUUCAGGGAUAAUUCCACCAAAGGAAAUGACAGAAUUAAAGUAUUAAGAGGAAAUAAUGUAGCCUACUGUUGUUUCUCCUCAUAAUGCUCUAUAGGAUGAAUAUACGGUGUGCAUGAGCUUAUUUUCUGUGUUGUCGGGCCAUGGAUUCAUCGUCAAGAUAAAGAGAGAGAGAUGAUUAAUGAAAAGGCCUUUCUUUAUCAUGUGUUACUUCAGUGUCUCUCAUUUACCCCUUAAAGCUUAGAAUAGGCCUUCAGAUAUGUAAUAAAAUGGCCGGGGGGCUCCAGAACAGUGUAACAUCAUGUUUUCCAAUGGCUGUGGAGUCAGAUGGGCUAACAUUGACGUUGUUUUGACAAUAAAGAAGAUUGGAUGGCCA